AUGCCCAGUCUUAAUGACAUUCGUGCUCGCUUGAAUCAGCGUGGCGUUGAUAUCACCUCCUCUGCUUGGAGCCCUAAAAAACAAAAAAACACUUCUUCUGUCGGAAGCGAAACAAGUUUAUCCCCGACGAAAGAGAAAGGAAUAUCAAAAAUGGAAACACUUGGUCGUGCCGAAGUUGAAGGUCACAUGUCAACGCAGCCCUUGGAGCAGUCGAAGCCAUCUAAACCUUUGCAACCAUUGCAUUCAUCUGAGACAUCAACAUCUUCAUCGGCCUCUUCUGAACCGGACCCGACGGUCCAGCGAGGGUCAGGCGUUGUUGCGGACUCUUUCGCGCGUGUCUCUGUGACAAGGACUGGCCGCGAAGCUGCGAUGGAGGCAAAGCAUGGGGUCAAGCAUCCGCUUGAAAAUGAAUGGACAUUGUACUACGACUUGCAAAAACUUCAUGGCUCGGCAAGCAGCGAUCAAUAUGAAGCAACACUCAAGCGCGUAGGCCACUUCACAACGCUUGAGUCCUUCUUUGACACAUUUGCAACGCUGCAUCGUCCGAGUCGACUGGAGAAAAACUCCAACUAUCAUUUCUUCAAGAAUGGCGUCAAACCCCUGUGGGAGGAUCCAGAGAAUGCAUCUGGGGGGCGCUGGGUUAUUACGCUACGUGAUCGUGGACAGACUGCGGGCAGUCGUGCUGGUCAUGAGGCGUUACUGGACCGCAGUUGGAUGUGGCUUGUUCUGGCUCUUAUCGGUGAGACUCUCGAAGAGAACGAUCUCGUCACUGGCGCUGUGUGCUCAUUGAGAGGCAAAGGUGAUCGCAUCACUGUUUGGACGCGUAGGAAAGAGCCAGUGGACGAAAUUAAUUCUCUGGGCCAGCGCCUCCUCGAAUUGCUCGAGCUCCAAGAUGAGCCCGGUAUCCAGAUGGACUUCAGCGUGAAUUCUGGGUCCAAAGAAAGUCAACAACAGUCUUACAUGCGAAAACAUCUCACAAGUCAUGCGCCAUCUGCACAAAAACAAUUUCUGCAAGAACCCCAGUCUCGUGAAUCGACGCUGGGGACCUGGCUCGAUACCAAUGCGACACUUCAUCCCGCUGAUCAUGUGCGAUACUACGCCCAUCAGCUACAUUCUAACGAUCAACCAAAGUAG